AUGAAUUUGGAGGAGAGACCUGAUGAUCAUAAAGUUUUCACUAAAUUGGAUCUUGAAUUGAAUAAACUGGGGAGGCUCCCGUAUGAUCCUUUGAUAUACAAGCAUGUAAAAGUUAUUGAGCCACUUUUGUUGAGUUCUGACAAAAAUGGAGAAGAGCAUGUGCAAGUUGUGGCCAUUGUAGGUUAUAGAGGAUUAGGAAAAACCAAAAUUGCUAACUACCUAUUUAAUGACCAAAAUGUCCCAAGCAGCCACUUUGACUUGAGAAUUUGGGUUAAUGUCCCUUAUGCUUUUGACAUGAAAUCACUUGUUCAGGGAAUCGUUUUGUAUACAGCUAAAAAAGAUGCUAUGGUCAAACAAAUUGAGUCUGCAGGGAAGAGACUAUCAGAGUACGCACUGUCUGAGAUAUGUAGCGCCAUGCAUGAAAUCAACAGCCUUAGCAUUGAACAACUUUACAAGGAGAACUCUGCCUUCUUAGAAACUGAGAGGAGUGCCAUCAAAGAUAGCCUGCAUCGCCUCGAUGAAGGUGAAUUGCAUGAGGAGCUUCAAAAGAUUAUAGAUGGAAAACCGCUGCUUCUUGUACUUGAUGGUGUCUGGAAUAUGGACACUGAAAUGUGGCUACACUUCAAAAACUUGUUAUCAAAUUCAAAUGUUGUUUGUGGGAGCAGAAUAAUAAUAACUACUCGUAGUAAACUUGUCGGAAACAUUACUGCGAGUAUAAAGAAAGAUGUCUAUAUGUUAAGCAAUCUAGAUGAAUAUGAGUCUUGGAUGCAAUUCGUACUAUCUACUUUCCUUAGUAUCAUGACAGAGCCAGUCAAUUCCAAAGUUGUGGAGAUUGCAUUGAAGAUUGUGAAAAGAUGUGGAGGAAACCCCUUUGCCUUACAGAUAGUAGGUAAGAAACUGAGAUCUUUGGAUGGCACAAGGGUAAAUCCAUUUCCAGGACAACAAAUAGAGGAAGUGGGUUAUGAAUAUGUUCAGGAUUUAUGUCAAAGAUCCUUGUUUGAAGAAGUGGAAGUAGAUCAUAACCAGAAUGGCCUUGUGACAAAGAUCAGAAUUGCAGAACUUACACAGAAGCAAGCAAUACUUAAUCAUGAGAAUGACUUCGUAACAAAGAUCAAAAUGCCAAACCUUAUACAUGAUGCAAAGAGGCCUAGGAUUCGAACAAUUAUUUUGCCUAGCCAGUUGCAAGAGGAAACUCAGGGGAGACUAAGUAGCUCAACUUCUAAAGAUAUCAUUACCAAUUUUAAAAUGCUACGCACAGUGAAUCUGGAUAACAGAGGAAUGGAAGUUGUGUUGAAGUUCAUUGGUAAGUUGGAGUGUCUAAGAUACAUUGAUCUUUCUCAAAACAAAGCUAUUAAGUCAUUUCCAGAUUCAAUCACCAAGAUACGGUAUUUGAUGACACUGAAACUCUCUUCUUGCUAUGGACUCAAAGAGCUGCCAAAGGAUAUGGAGAAACUAGGCCACCUCAAACAUCUUGAGAUUGAUUGGUGCUACAAUUUGACUCAUAUGCCUCCUCGACUAGGUAACCUAACUCAACUCAAGACCUUAUCAGAUUUUGUGUUAAAAAGAAGCAUUGGAUGA